AUGAGAAACAUAUUAGGAAUUCUUUUGAAUAAAGUGAAAGGUGCUAAAUUAUUCGAAGGCAUUCGUACAGUAAAUGGAGAUAUAUUUCCUACUUUUAGAUGUGCAUGUUAUGCUCUUGGGCUUUUAGAUGAUGACAAGGAAUAUGUUGAUGCCAUUGAAGAAGCAAGUUUAUCCGGAUCUGGUUUUUAUCUACGUUUCUUAUUUGCAACCAUGCUGAUUUCAAAUAGUCUAUCUAGACCUGAGUUUGUUUGGCAAAAAACUUGGCAAUACUUGGCAAAUGACAUUCUUUACAAUCAACGAAUUGCACUAAAAUCUCCAGCUUCUGAAGUUGAACAAACAAGGGAUUUUGCAAACUGGAUUUUGGAUUUAGGAGAAGGCAAGGUUGGUAGUGUGAAUGAUGGUGAGGCAGUUGUUGAUAUACCUCAUGAUCUUCUCAUUACCAAUUCAACGAAUCCUAUAUUUUCAUUAACUAAAUAUGUCUAUCCUUCAAUUCUUGUAAAUAUCAAUAAUUCAUCUUAUUUUCAGGAAAAAGCAAUUCUAGCACCAAAACAUGAAGUCGUUCAAGAAAUAAAUGAUCGUUUGCUAUCAUUGUUCCCAGGAGACGAAAAGGAGUGCCUAAGUUCAGAUAGCCUUUGUGAAUCAGAGCAACUUCACGACCAGUUUCGUAAAACUUUGUACUCACCGGGUGUCUUAAAUGGUCUUAAAUUAUCAGGCUUGUCAAACCAUAAGAUAUUACUAAAAAUUGGUGUUCCAAUUAUGUUACUAAAAAAUAUUGAUCAUAAAUCUAGAUUAAGUAAUGGAACUAGACUACGGGUGUUAUCUUUGGGAAAUCGGGUUAUAGAAGCAGAGAUCAUAUCUAGAAGCAAUAUUGGAAGCUAG